CCCGGCCACCCCCUGCUCCAGGAAAAAGAGAAAAUAGUCGCUGCUAUCACUGACUCCCCGAAGCCGCCACCAGAGCGAAUAACGUUAACUCUGCCGGUGCUGAACGCGGCGCGGAUGGUUGUGUUUGUGGCGACGGGGGAAGGCAAAGCUGCUGUUUUAAAGCGCAUUUUGGAAGGCGACGAGGAAAACCCCCUUCCUGCCGCUCGCGUCCGGCCUCGCUCCGGGCAGCUGCGCUGGUUCCUGGAUGAGUCGGCGGCCACGGAGCUGACCGUCCCAGUGGAGAAACAUUCCAUCUUGUAG